AAACACGGGAGAUCGAUCCAUCACAGAGAAGAUGUUUCAAAUGACCCACGCCAUAGACCCAACAGUCAAACUGUUCCAUAACGAAUACAAUGUUAUCAGCUCCGGAAUCAUCACUGAUGCAUACGUUCAGAUGGUCCAAGAUUAUUUGGCCAAAGGUCUGCCGCUGUCAGGUAUUGGAGUCCAGGGGCACUUUCCAGCUGGACCUCCAGAUAUUCUCAAAAUCCAGCAAAACUUGGACAAACUUGCGCUCACCGGGAUCCCAAUAUGGGUAACCGAACUGGAUAUAGAGGGGAAAGACGUAAACAAGAGGGCAGAUUACUAUGAGGAUGUAAUGACGUGUUUGUUCAGUCACCCAGGGGUCGAGGGGAUAGUGCUUUGGACAUGGUAUGAUGAUGGAAACGCAUGGAGAGCCAAUGUGAAUAUUGCACAGGGAGUAGGGGAUGAUUUUAAGCUCAAUGCAGCGGGACAGAGAGUUCAGCAACUGAUGACUAAAACUUGGAAAACCAACCGCGUUCUCAAGCCGUCUUCGAGAACGAGCACCUUGAGACUGAGAGUAUUCAAGGGCGACUACACCAUAACUUUGAAAUACAACGGAUCGCCCAUAAAUGAGAAGAAAAUAACCGUUGGAGACACCAUGCAAAUUGACAUGCACACAGGUUCCGCCCCUCCCACUAGUGCAUCUGUGACAACGACCAAACCGCAGCCAAUGUCGUCAGGACUGACCUGUGUUAAUAGGUGGUCAGGACAUUCGGACAUCGGUGAUGACAAACCUACCGACGUAUCGUGCAAUGCGGAUGAAAUCAUGACUGGGUGUUCUUCCAGGGCAACCGAUAAUUCAGCACUUAGAGACGGCGAAGUGUACGCCUGGAAUGCCGCCACGGGAAGACGGGUUUGCAGGGCACACAAUGGGUACGGUUCCAGGGCCGCUGUUCAGGCCAUCGCCCGGUGCUGCAAGACGAGCUCACAGCUUCAGUGUUCCUAUCACAGUUCACAAGCUUCAGAGAAAGGAGACGGGAAGCAAGUCUCAGUGGCCUGUCCCAGUGGCAAACUACCCACAGGUUGUACCACACACACCUACCACAGGGACUUUGACGGGUCUAACCCCAAAAUGGACACGCGCUCCUGUGUAGCGCAAAAUGGCGGUCCACACGGAGGUGUGUAUGCCCACGCUGCCUGCUGUGAGGCAAGCGGUCUCUCGUGUGUCACCAAAUAUUCUGGUCGCAGUGGAAACUUUGCCGGCAAUGUGACCUACGUGGCCUGUGAUACAGGAUACACCAUCACUGGGUGUAACGUCUUUAAUGAGUUUGGCGGAACUGCAGGAGCCUUUGCAGAUACCUGGGGAGGCAAUACCUACUGCCUUGCUAUAAACGGCAAGAAGCGCGACAUCCCAAACCAAGGAGUGAAGGCCGUGGCUACCUGCUGCAAACUGUGAGAAACAAACGACAAGAAAUCAAAUGCCCAUUGGAGGAUUCCAUGAAUUUAUGAAUUAAUUAACUUCUGAUCACAAAUAGCGCUGAUAAAUAAAUAAAUGAUAAUAGUAAUAAAUAAUUAUAAAUUUGAAAAAUUUCAAGUGGAAUUGAUGGGCAUCAUGUUUAUUUGUCACAACAGACAAGGUGAGCAUCAAACAGUUUAAAAUAUGCCCAACUGUUACAUUUAAUAGGAUUGAAAUUUGACUUAAAACUUUUGCCACAAUUUAACUACUUUCAGCAAUUAGGCUUUUGGGGUGCCUUAAAAGCACUCUUCUUUGGCAUUUAAAAAGCAACUUACCUAUAAAGUAUAUGGCAAAGAUUUCAUUAUUUGUGAAUAUGUAUUUUAAACUUUUGAAUAUUAAGUUCAGUGUAAAGCCUUC